AUGGAGAAGAUUGAUAUUAAAUACUUAUGUAAAAGAUUUUCACUGGACCAAGAUGAAGCUAUUGGCGGUAUGAGAAAAAUUAUUUACGAUCAAACUAUUGAUCCUAAAAACGUGAUGUCUGCAUUCUACAUCUUUCUUAAAACAUUUCCAUGUUCAACCGCAGAAUGUGAAAGAGGAUUCAGUGUUAUGAAUAACAUUUGUACUUGA